AUGUCUAGGUAUUUCAGCAACAUCACGUUGGGUGGCAGAGACUACUCUUUCGACAGUGACGGUUACCUGGCCAACCCCGUCCUAGAAGUCAUCUCCUAUACACCUGGCAAAGGCUGGGAGGAUGUAGGGAUGUGGGAGAACGGUAAGUUGGAUUUGGUUUAUCCAGCGUGGUCGCGUUACGGUCCAUUCCUCCAACCGCCUGAUGGCGCCCAGCACCUGCGCGUGGUCACUCUGGAGGAACGUCCGUUUGUCAUCGUGGAGCUGGCUGACGCCGCCUCCAACACCUGCAUCAGAGACUCUGUACCCUGCCGACGACCCCUGAACGCCAGUAUUCCUGUCCAGGAUCCCCCAAAGAAACAGUGCUGUAAGGGCUUCUGCAUCGACAUCCUCAAACGAUUGGCCAAAAUCGUGGGUUUCACCUAUGACCUCUACCUGGUGACCAAUGGAAAGCACGGGAAGAAGAUUGAUGGAGUGUGGAACGGCAUGAUUGGAGAGGUGGUGGGACAGCGAGCAGAUAUGGCCAUCGGAUCCCUCACCAUCAACGAGGAGAGGUCAGAGGUCGUGGACUUCUCCGUCCCCUUCGUGGAGACGGGCAUCAGCGUCAUGGUCUCCCGUAGCAACGGAACCGUCUCACCCUCUGCCUUCCUGGAGCCCUACAGUCCAGCGGUGUGGGUGAUGAUGUUCGUCAUGUGCCUGACCGUGGUGGCUGUGACCGUCUUCAUAUUUGAGUUCUUCAGUCCAGUCGGCUACAACCGCAGCCUUUCCAGUGGAAAGAAGGCAGGAGGCUCUACGUUCACCAUAGGAAAGUCUGUGUGGUUGCUGUGGGCCAUUGUGUUCAAUAACUCGGUCCCAGUGGAGAACCCCAGAGGAACCACCAGUAAGAUCAUGGUGCUGAUCUGGGCCUUCUUCGCUGUCAUCUUCCUGGCUUCCUACACAGCCAACCUGGCUGCCUUCAUGAUCCAGGAGGAGUACAUAGACACUGUCUCUGGACUCUCAGACAAAAAGUUCCAGCACCCCACAGAGCAGUACCCCCCUCUGAAGUUUGGCACGGUGCCCAAUGGAAGUACAGAGAAGAACAUCCGCAGUAACUACCCUGGCAUGCACCAUUACAUGGUCAAAUAUAACCAGAGAGGGGUGGAGGACGCCAUUAACAACCUCAAGACUGGGAAGUUGGAUGCCUUUAUCUACGAUGCAGCUGUGUUGAACUACAUGGCCAGGAAAGACGAGGGUUGUAAGGUGAUGACCAUAGGCUCUGGGAAGGUAUUUGCCACCACAGGCUACGGUAUCGCCCUGCACAAGAACUCCCGCUGGAAACGCCCCCUCGACCUGGCCCUGCUGCAGCUGGUGGGAGACGAUGAGAUUGAGAUGCUGGAGCGUCUGUGGCUGUCUGGUAUCUGUCAUAAUGAUAAGAUUGAGGUGAUGAGCAGUAAGCUGGACAUAGACAACAUGGCGGGUGUCUUCUACAUGCUGUUGGUGGCUAUGGGGCUCAGUCUGCUGGUAUUUGCCUGGGAGCACCUGGUCUACUGGAGGCUCAGACACUGCAUGGCUACCAGCUCCGGGAGACUGGACUUCCUACUGGCCAUCAGUAGGGGCAUGUACAGUUGUUGUAGCUUUGAGGAUGAAACCACGCCGGGCGGGGCCAAAUCCUCCAUGGCUAUGCUCCCCCACCAUCAUGGCACCAUGGUAACAGUCCCGCCCCCGCCACACUUGGUUAGUGCGUCAUCAACCAACCCGGCCCUGACCAUGGCACAGCAGCAACAGCAGCAACAGUCACAGCCCGUCUACAAAACACAACUACCUGGAUCCCCUCCCACCGUGGUGCAUUCUGGGACGACGCUGGGUCCCUCCAACACUCCCAUGCUGGGUGCGCCCCUGCCCUGCUCCACAUUCCUCCCCCGGCCCGAUCGCAGACUGGCCGUGGUGGACCGCUGGAGGCUGCCCAAGGCUGGGACCACCACCAACCCCAUGGCCGUGCACGGGACCGUCGCAGACAUGGGAUCCUUCCCCCAGAAGGUGGCUCCGACCUGGGGCACGACAGCUGGAGGAGUGGGAGUUGGUGGUAGUGGGGGGCUGGAUGGAUAUAAACGAUACUAUGGACCCAUCGACCCUGAGGGUCUGGGGCCCUGUAUGGACCAGCCUGCAGGGUCUCAGACCCCCAAAACAGCCCCCAGGAGCCACCCUCAACCCCCUCCCGCCACUGUGGCCUUCUACUCAGAGAAAGGUCCUGACCAGGGGGUGGGGAAGAGGGUGGUGGGAGGUGGUGGUGCUGGGUGUCAGGGGAAGGGAGGUGUCAAACCUUUGGGGACACCUCGGCUGCCUCCUAAAAGCCAAGCCGUGGGCGUGACCCCAGUCCCUCUGCCCACUAACCCCCCGCUGCCACAACCCUCCCCCUCUCCCUCAUCCUUUUGGAGGAAGCGCCGGCCCAAGAAGCCCAAAGAGCCAGGCGGACCUCUGUACGAGAACAUCCUACCGCUGGGGCGCAGGGGAGGAGGAAGGGAUGGAGCGAGGGAUGGUGGAGGGAGGAGGGGACGCCCCCUCUCACCUCCUCUCCCACUCCCCGUAACCGUGCCCAUGUCCCCCACCUACACUCCCCCUUCCCCCUUCACCUCACUCCCCUACACCAGCUCAACUUCCUCCUCUUCCUCUAACACAUCGUCCACCUCUUCCUCUACCUCCUCCUCUCGCUCCUCCUCUCCUUCCUCCUCCUCCUUGACCUCACAGAGCACACGGGAAGGUUUGGACGCAGAGGACGAUGAUGAGGAUGAGGAGCUGACCGAGGAGUCCAGUCUUCUGCUGGGGAGGGGGAGAGACAGACAGCGUUCAAUUAUCUCCUCUCGCUCUCUCAGUCACGGGCGCCAGCCACCACCUAUACCACCCCGAAAACCACCCCCUGCCCGAGUGGAGAGAGACAGGGAGAGGGACAGGGAGAGGGAGAGAGGAGGUAGCCAGUUGGCCCAGUUACAGGAAUGGUGGGCGGGCUGGGGUGAGAGAGAGAGGGAUCGCAGUGGAGGAGUAGGAAAUGACGAGAGGAAACGAGAGAAGAAGAGGAGGAAAGAUAAAGAGAAGAAGAAAAAGAAGAAGAAGAGGAAAAAGAGGGAGGAGAGGGAACGAGAGCGAGACAAAGAGAGGAAGAAACGGAAGGUGAAAAAGAAGCGGAAGAAGAAGGCGCUGAAGAAGAGGAAGAAAUCGACUGGGCGUUCUGAGCAAGAAGAUGGGGAUGUUGAGGCAGAUCGGGAGGGAGUGGGGGAUGGAGGGAGAGAAGGAGGGAUGCCAGACUACUCUUCCUUUCCAACCCAGUAUCGUAGUACAUUUGGGGAGAAAGGGAGAGAUUCAGCAUGGGCAGGAGAGAGGGAGCGAGGAAGGAGGGGGGGAGAAGAGGAAGAGGGGGGUGAUAGAGGGGAGGAUAGCAGCAGGAGCAGGGAGAGGCGACCCAAAUCAUCCCAUUCCCACUCCAGACAUCGACCCCCCAGUAAGCUCUACCCCAAACUCCCCGCCUCGGUCAAGUUCUGGAGGCGGAGGAGUGGAGGGGUGGAGAGAAGGGAGGGAGGGAGAGAAGGAGAGAAGAGGCCUCUGUUGAUGCACUACGAGAAAGGCAGGGCUAACAUCCAGGAGGGGCUCUCCUUCCAUGAGUGGGCCUCUGAGGAGGAUGAUGAGGAAGAUGUGGGAGAGGAGAGACAGAGAGACAGAGUGAGGGAACGGGUGGAGGAGAGGGUGAGGAGGACAGGGCGGUCACACGGCCAUGGGAAGAGAGGAAGCACGGCCCUGUCCCACAGCCAGGAGGAGCUGCUCCCCCACUGCCACAGCUUCAGCGGGGGCUCACGGCCCAACCCCCCUCCCAAACCAGACCAGGGCCAGGCCAAGUCAGGCAGCCAGGCCAGCCUCAGCACACAGCAGCCAGGAAUUGUCCCUUCCUCAUCCUCCUCCCUGCCGGUGCCCAUCCCUCCUCCUCCCUCCUCGUCCUCUGCCUCGGCCAGUGCUAAGCUCCUGUACCAGAGACUACGGUCAGUUCCUCAGCCCGGACGCUUCUACUCCCCCCACCUGCCACUCAAGGCCAAGAGCCUAUGCUCCCGACGAGGCUCCGCCCAUUUCUCCAGCCUGGAGAGCGAGGUAUGA